AUGGUUGAGCCGAGCUAUAUUUCGGAAGAGGUGGUGAUUAAAGAUGAAGAAAUCGGUGAUGAGAAUGGAUACGAUGAUCGGGAAUCAACCCACUCAUCGACAUCAUUCGACGAGGAUCAAUGUCGAGCAUCGCCCACCAAUCAAUUCCUUUAUCUUUGCGAAUCGAUUGACCCGAUGAUGGAUGAAAGCUUUCAACGAGAUUCCUGGAUUUUGUAUGAUCGAGUGAAUGCACAAUGUUGUUUAGAGAGCAGUGAAAUCCCUUGGAUGGCCGCCUCUCUUUUCGCUCAUCAACAAAUGCAGAAGAAAAUCGUCAAUAUGCCGAGAUUUCGAUAUCCGUUGUGUAAAAUCUUGGAGGCUGGAAAGUUAAGUGCUAUUGAAUUUUUCGAUCGUUUAUCCCGGAUCUCCGACAUUUUCAAUCAGGCAACAUCGAGUCGGCUGUUGAAUCAGUGUCGCCGAAUCCAGAACACGUUGGCCAUCUCGGCGGUGAUCUACAAGAAAUAUUUGCCGAUUUUUCGAUACGUCUUUUCCCGUCCCACUCCCGACAUGGAUCUCCCCGCGGCACCACAACAGAUCUUUCGCCUAAUCUGGUACUUGUUCAUCAACGUGAAACGCCAACUAUCAGCCGCGGCAAAUGAGGAUCUUCUUGUUUGUUUCCACGUUCUUCUUUGUUGUGUUGACCUGGUUGUUAGGGAUCUCGAUGCACACGAACAUCAAAGCACGCUAACACAAGAAUUUUUGAAUGAGACGAAAGGCGGCGGCGAGUUGUUGUUGUCGACUUUAUGCAAUCGCUUUGAGGGAGCCGCCCUCGAUGCGAAACACUUCAAAAUGCACUGGUUCGAGAAAACGAUUCUAGAGAAAAUCCCAUUCAACGAGCCGCCCGAUUUCGCACAAAAUGCUGAGCAUUAUAUAAACGAUCUCGAGGCGGUUUACGGUGAGCAAUUGCAUUUGAGGGGUGAAUUUGAUGAACGACUCUUUGUCCCGCUCAACUUUUCCCUCGUUUACAAUUCGACUUUUGAUGCCGUAUCCAUCGAAAUGCUACGCCGAAGUGAGCAAUCCGAGUGGUCCGUCGAUACCUCAUUGAUUCUGCGAAUGUCAACACAGGCUUGCCUCGAGAAAGUCGACAAAUUCAAGGCGACUCCAUUGUCCGGCAAAGCAUACAUCAUGUCCUCUGAGCAGUUCUGUCCGAUGACCCCGGCGCAGGCGCCCACAUUGUCGACGGAACGGCUCGAGGCGUUGAUCCCGGAUGGAUGGACUAUUGAAAACUCUGAACUGUACCGUUGCUUCUCCGAUUACCACGAUGACCCGUUGCAGGAGAUUAUGCAAGCGAUUGAGACCCUGUCUGAAAGAUUCCUAGCGAAAAUUGAGGAAGAACAAACGGCUCUUGGCGCGAAUUUUGAUCAACAAGUGAAUGGAUCAAUCGAGAAGAUCAAAACCCUUUCCGCGAAUCUUUUCUACCGUUUCCUUGAGAAGAUCAUCAUUUUUGAGCGCAGCCGAAUGUCCGUUUAUCGAGAUGUCGAUUUCACAGCAAUCGUGCGCAAAGACGAAUUCUUGGCCUCACUCUACGCGCUGGUGCUGGAGUUAGUGAUGGCGUCGAAGAAGUCGAUCCGAUCUUUCCCCUGGGUGCUUGACAUGAUUGGUCUGCCGGCAGUCAAUUUUUACAAAAUCAUCGAGGUGGUCAUUCGAUCGGAGAGCGCCUUGUCGAGGGAAAUGGUCAAACAUCUCAAUCGGUUAGAAGAACGAAUCCUCGAGGAGUACGCCUGGUCGUUUGACAGUCCACUGUGGAGUCUUUUGUCGAGAAGAGCUGAUGUUGUUCCGAGUUGUAAACAAGUGUGGACGUCGGAGAUGAGCGGCGAUUUGUAUUCACCGGCGAAAAGAAUGAGGGUCGAUGAAGACGAGAUGCCGUCAAGCGGUGUGUUAACGUUGUUCUUCAGAAAGAUCUACUACCUUGCAUCGGUUCGACUCGUGGACUUAUGUGAGCGACUGAAAAUGAACGAAACGGCAAAGAGCAGGGUAUGGACACUGGUUGAGUACAUGCUGCGCACGGAGACGAGUCUCAUGGCUGGACGACAUCUCGAUCAGAAUUUGAUGUGCUGCUUAUAUGUUGCGGCUCGUUCACUCAAUUUGGAGAUCACAUUCAAUCAAAUCAUGCAACAGUACAAACAACAACCUCAAGCAUCUUCCGAAGUGUAUCGAGCAGUCGUUGUGGAAAUUGACCGACCCAACGAUGGCACCAAUCAAACACUCGAUCCAGAUGGAAACAGUCUGGGUGACCGCCCACCAUCACAGCACACCGUUGCUCAACACGAGAAUGUGGACAUCAUCACGUAUUAUAAUCGGGUUUUUAUACAAAGAGUCGAGAAUUUUGUGAAACGCCUCGAGAGCACCGAUUUCGCCUCUCUCCACCUGCAAUUGCCUGCACUUCGACCGUUUGCCUUGACGCCGAACAAGAGGAUUAUAUCGGAACGAAUCUCUGUGCAAGCCCUAUCGCCGCCAUCGAUGACCGCAAAGAAUGCCAGCUAUCGAUUGAAUGCUGUUGGCGGAGGACCGGUGAGAACGAUUCAAAGGACAAGCGAUCUGAAACCGACGACAACAUUGAGAAGAGUGGUGACAACUGGGAAUUCCUUGACUUCAUCAACUUCAUCAACUUCAUCAUCGUACCCAAUCACUCAUCCCCAUCAAAGGUCCAAAUAUUUCACGACAACCGCCCCUUCGGCUACAAAUUAUAAACGACGAUCGAUCCGAUUUUCUCCCGAUCUCCGUGAAAAUCGAGGAAGAGAUCGAAGAGAAUCGAUUUCCGAGGGUGGUGGAGAGAAUCGCCGUUUUGAAACGCCGACCAUAAUCAUUUUUCGUUCGCCUUUUAUUUUUUCUGUCGACUAUUUUUCCUCAAUUUCCCCAACACCAACACACAGUGGCACGUGUGUUGGGAUGCAAGUGAGCGCCGUGCGGGCUGCUACUUCAGCCAAAGUCGGGAACAAGGCUCAGGUAAUCGAAAAA